AUGGCUUCUCCGUCCACUCUGUCGCCGACCCAGCAGCAUCACUUCUUGUACGACGACAGCCCGUAUCGCAGUGCGUGGGAAAGGAGGCGGUCUCUUCCUUGGGAGGAUGACUGCGAGGACGACAUGGCUCAUCAACAACAGCCUGGGCUCGGUACCCAUCUUGUCGAGGAGGCUCCUAGGCGACCAUCUGCACCAGACUCCUACUUUGACUUGGGAAAUGACAGCUCGGCUCCUUAUCAACAAGGAUACAGUUACAAUCACUAUCCAUCGUCGCGGCCAAGCCUAGAAAGUUAUCCGCGACGGCGCUCCGACGGCAGCGACAUAUCGAGUGCCUCCACGGCGAGCCAGUCCCUGGCCUCCCGGACCAGCUUUCAGUCUCACGGGCGCUCCUCGAGCUGGAGCUCGCGCACGUCCUUUGACUCGUACUACUCGACCUACUCCACCCCCGCCACCUCGGCCGGUGCGCGCGAGUACGACGAGUUCCCGUGGCAGCGGCCCAGCCCCAUCAAGCAGCAGCGCCGCCGCAAGGCCAGGCCGGGAGAGCUCUUCGCCGCCCUGCCCGGCGAGGUCCUGGAGCUGAUCCUGGCCGAGCUGCGCGAGCUCCACCUGGCCGAGGGGAGCAAGAGCUGCGCGACGUGCUGGAUGCGCAACGUCUGCGCCGUCUCGCUGAGCGCGCGGAAGUGGGUCCGGUUCGCCCGGGCGGCGCUGUACCAGAACAUCCAGCUGAUCGGCGACGACUCGGCGCACCACCGCAAGCGGUACAAGUCGGUCCCGGGGACGCGCAUCAUGCUGCUGCGCAGGACGCUGAGGGCGAACCCCACCCUCGCGUCGCUCGUCCGCUCUGUGAAGGUGCCGCCCAUCCCGCAGGGCGUCAAGACGGACGAUUACGAGGACAUGGUCGCCUCCCUGGUCAUGGCCUGCCCGGAGCUCGAGCGGCUGGAGGGCUUCUACCCGUCGUACGACCACUCCUUCAAGCGGCUGUUCAACGCCCUCUCCACUCGGCGGAACCUGAAGCAGAUGACGUGGAUCGUGGACCGGGCGGAGCCGGCGCCCAUGCCGAAGCUGCAGAAGCGGUUCUCGACCGCGCGCCAGCAGAAGCCCGACUCGUGGAGGCAGUCGUCCCUGCCGCCGCUCGCCGCGUCCUCCUCCUCCUACUACUACUCCUCCUGCCCGCAGCCGCGCACGAGCAACAACUUCCUCGACCUCCACGCCCGCUGGCAGCAGCUGACCACGCUGACGGUGCACUUCCAGCCGGGCGCCGCCUUCGCACCCGCGAGCGCCUUCGCCGACAGCCUGCGCUGCCUGCCCUCGCUGCGGGACCUGCACGUCUCGCGGCUCCCCGCGGCCGUCUUCGGCGACGCGGCGCUGCUCGCGCUGCCGGCGUCGCUGCGCAAGCUCUCGCUCGCCCACGUCGCGGGGGUCACCUCGGCCGGCCUCGCGGCCUUUGCCACCGCCGGCGGCUCCGGCUCCGGGCUGCGCACGCUCACCCUCGUCCACACGGAGCUCGACUCCCUGCCCGCCCUGGCGCGCGUCCUCGCCAACCUGGCCCGGCUCGAGACGUUCUCGCUCGUGCAGGCGCGCCCGCCCCUGCUGCCCCGCGGCGAGAUCAUCUGCCUGUAUCCGUACCUCGCGUCGGCGUCGCUGCGCAGCCUGCACUGGGACUUUACGGCGGCGGACGGUGGCGGCGACACCAUCGGCAUCAACACCGACAGCACGGCGACGGCGGCCGACGCCAUUCUCGCGCGCAGCAUCGCGGCCGGCGGGUUCCCUGCGCUGCGGCGGCUGCGCGCGCCGAGGGACCCCGGGGGCAUGUUCCAGGCGCUGUGCAGGCCCGCCGAGCGGGUGGACCUGCCGACGGAUAAGUUCCAGACGCGGGGGGCAGGGUCAGUGGACGGGGACGACGACGAUGCUGAUGACGACGACGGGGAUGAUGACGAUGAUGGUAAGGAGCGGGGGAGGGGAGGGAAGUCGCCACCGCGGCUCGGGAACGACCUGCUGCUCGCGCGGCUGGCGGCGCAGGCGCGCGUCGAGGCGGCGCGGAGGCAGGCCCGGAUGCGGGUCGACGUCGUCGACGAGCGCGGGGUGCUGGCGGAGCGGUUCGGGAUGGGCGGGUACAUCGGCACGGUCGGGUCGCGCGUGCGGUACCACCUGCUGCCCGACGAGGGGGGCCGGGACGAGAAGGGCGGGCUCGUGGACAUGGGGGAUCUGCUCGGGGACUGCGGGGAGGCGUUGGUGCUUCCUCGCCCGUCGUCGUCUUCGUCACCGCAGCAGCAGAAGCAGGGGAAGCAGCAGUGGAAGCAGCGGGGGAGGGAUAGAGGGAAGGGUAGCGGUGCUGGGGGGAGGGAGAAGGGGCGGCGGGACAAGAAUGCGGUCGAGGUCAGGGAGGGGUGCACGGGGAGGUGGAACACGUGGGCCGGGCCAGCGGUGGACAAGAAGGACAUGGAGAGGUGGUGGCAUACCGAGAGGGGGCGGUGGCGGAGUGUGGAGUUGUCGUGA